AUGACGACUACUGAAGAAACACUGCGACAGGAGUUCUCUAGAUUCAAACCUGGCACUGUGGAGAGAGUCAAGGUAUUGGGGUCUGUCUGUGUCAUUCUUGCGGAAUUCUUGAAAUCAAUUUUAUUCAUCAAUAUUUGGGGCCUUAUUUUGUCUCAAAACUGCCUUAAAUUGACCUGUUGAAUUGGGUAAACAAAGUGUUUUAUCAGCAGAGUAAAGCCAGAUACCGAGUUAUCUGUGAAAGGCCAAUAACAUCUUUCAGGCUCUACUUCAAACCUUUUUGAGGGUGGAUGUCUUGGGAUUGGGUUGAAAGGAAAAAAUUAAUGUAUGUGGACUGCUAAAUAAAGUAGUCUUCUCCUCUCUCUUCCUCCUCUCUAUUCUCUUCUGAAAGGCCAAAAUCGGCUGACAAAAUCAGUCAACCAAUACAUUUCUCUGUCAACGUCUUGAGGGGGUGUGUGACGUGUCUCCGGUGGUUGGGUUGAAAGCAAGAAGACACUUUUCUUUCUGUUUUCAACAGUAUGUUUCUUUCUGUUUUCAACCGUAUGUUUCUUUCUGGUUUCAACAGUAUGUUUCUUUCUGGUUUCAACAGUAUGUUUCUUUCUGGUUUCAACAGUAUGUUUCUUUCUGGUUUCAACGGUAUGUUUCUUUCUGGUUUCCAACAGUAUGUUUCUUUCUGGUUUCAACAGUAUGUUUCUUUCUGUUUUCAACAGUAUGUUUCUUUCUGUUUUCAACAGUAUGUUUCUUUCUGGUUUCAACAGUAUGUUUCUUUCUGGUUUCAACGGUAUGUUUCUUUCUGGUUUCCAACAGUAUGUUUCUGUUUCUAUGUUUUCCUGUUCUCCUGUAGAAACUGACAGACUAUGCGUUUGUCCACUACCACUCCCGUGAAGACGCAGUGACGGCGUUACACCUGAUGAACGGAGCGCAGAUCGACGGGGCCACCAUCGAGGUCACCCUCGCCAAGCCUGUCAGGUAAAUCAAAUCAAACUUUAUUUAAAAUGCCACACACUUUACAGUUAAACAGUAAACUGAUAAAACACAAACGGAUGAAAGGUAUGGUAGUUAGAGGUGAGUCAGCUACCGAAGGGUUGCCGGUUCGACUCCCAGCACCGAUGGGAUGUGCCCUUGAGCAAGGCGGCACUUAACCCCUAGAAUUGCUCGGCUCCAACCUUUUGUGUGUGUGUUUGGCCUUGUGAAAAUGGAUAAAGUAAUCUUCCUCUUCUUCCUCCUUCAGUAAAGAGGGCGGGCGACGGUUCAGUAACCGUGGUUAUGUCGGUAACGGUAACCUUGUGGGUCCCUACGGCGAC